AUGGGAGACCCGCCAGGCGCUCUUGUUGAUAUGGACACUAUCGAACUCAAGGCCAAGGAUCUCUGCGACAAGGAAAAGGUAGACUUGGAGACUAUCGUCAUCGACGACGUCUUCAAGCUCCUCCAGUGCGACAAGAAUGGUCUCUCAGAGGAGGAGGCCGCCCGCCGUCUCGAGCUCAACAAGUUGGAGGUGGAUGAGCAGAAUCCUUUCCUCCAAUUCUUGUCCUUCAUGUGGAAUCCCCUCUCCUGGGUCAUGGAAGCUGCUGCCCUCGUCACUAUUGUCCUCUCCAACGGACAGGGCCAACCUCCUGACUGGCCCGACUUUGUCGGUAUCAUCCUCCUGCUUUUCAUCAACUCUGCUAUUGGUUUCUAUGAGGAACACAACGCUGGAAACGCUGUCAAAGCCCUCAUGGACUCUCUCGCACUCAAGGCCAAGGUCAAGCGUGCUGGCAACUGGUCAGAAAUUGAGUCGGCUACUCUUGUCCCCGGUAACAUGAUCUCUUUCAAAAUUGGAGACAUCGUCCCCGCCGACUGCCGUCUUACUGAAGCUAUCAACGUCUCCAUCGACCAGGCUGCCUUCACCGGUGAAUCCCUCCCCCAGUCCAGAAGAACGGCAAUCAGUGCUUCUCGGGUUCUACCUGCAAGCAGGGUGAAGCUGAGGGUGUUGUUAGAUAAUUGA